AUGAACGGCACUCCUCGCCUUCGUUCGGCCUAUCCAUCCACCCCCUUAUCCGGACAGAAGCAGUCUGGUCACGGCACCACCUUUGCGGGGCUCCAGGGGCCUCGAUCUCCCUUACCGCCAGCCACAUCCCUCAACACGAAUGCUCCUACGCCUAUGAUCCCGUUUACAGUGGUUGAUGCACCUUCACAGAGGCUCUACGUUGCGCUUUUCUAUGCUGCAUUGACCAUAUGGAGACUGUACGACUAUUUCGGACUGGUCUCGGACGAGGCAGAAUCUCUUUGGAAGUUCAUGAAAUGGCUUGCUAUCGAUUCUGUUUUCCUUUACGGCUUGCCCGAACUCCAGAUCCCUUGGCUCCAGUGGUCAUCCUCAAUGACUGCUAUCCUGGUCAUACUGCAUACUAUGCUCAAUGCGCUUCUCAUGUUCCGCAUACCAAUUCCCGUCACAUCUUGGUUCCUAGCAUUUAUGAAAGUUAUGUAUGACAGAGAACUUGCGGUUUCAGAAAGAAGUGUUAAGCCAGCUUCCAUUCUCCAAAAUUCAUCCCUAAUUCUGGGGAAACAAAUCAUCCACAUAUUGCCAGAGGGCUCUGCAAUGCUGAAUCCGGACCAAAGCCCUUUCUGCAUUGGGAACAUGGAAACUUCCGUCGACCUGCCCAUCCGCAUCAAUCAAACAAAUCCAAUAUCAAUCGAACUACUUAGGAUCGACCUCGACACAAACGCCCACGAGACAAUCAUUGUGACGACCAAGCAAAUCAACAAAUUGAAGAGGCAAGCAAACAGAAAUUUUGCGAAGAACGAUCGCACAAGCCCCCGAGUCCUGCAUUACCCAGUCAAGGAGACUGGCCUCUAUAGGCUCGAGAAGGUCCUUGACGAGUCAAAGCUCGAGGUACAGAGACGCCUUUCAGAUACACUUGUAGUCCAAUGUCCAAGGGCGAUGGUGAAGACCACAAUGCAGGACAAAUGCAAAGGGGAUCUGUCGGACUUUUAUCUCCAAGUGGAGGCAACACCUCCAUUGAAAAUAAAGUAUAGCAAGAUGGUGAAUCGCAACGAUAAAGACCAUGUUCUUCUAAGUAUACAUCCGGAGAACUUGGUUUCGCCAUUAGCUCGACAACGAACUUCAGGUACUCUGGUCUCGCUUGAUUCGCCGGCUGACAUGGACCUCUCUUGGGCGCGGGCUCAGACUAUCGAUAUACCGCUCAACGAGUCACUUGGCGUCAGUGGAGGCUGGCAGUACUUGGUUGAUGAGGUUCAGGACGCUUGCGGUAACGUCGUAAAUUAUUCCGAUAUACGCUCGUCGCCGUCAGGCCCACAGAAGGUCUUGAAGGGUCAUCAACUGGAGCAGCACUUCUCUGUGCACGAGAGACCUCGGGUCGCAUUACGCGAAUAUGAUUCGCAGCACCCAAUCAAGGUCGAGAAGGGGAAAUCCAAAAUGCUCCCAAUCCAUCUCAGCUCGACAGGAUCCGGCAAGCUCGAAGACGCUCCGUAUACGCUUUCCUAUCUUUUCACCCCGCAGGAAGAGUUGCUUCCGGACCAGAAGCACUCAAGCGCAGCAACAUUUAAAGAGAUAGUCGUCUUGGAUACGAGUCGUGGACUUGAAAUCCGUGAGCCAGGCCUGUAUACUCUGCAGUCUGUUGGUACCAUGUUUUGUGCGGGGGAAAUCAUGGAACCGUCGUCUUGUUUGCUUCUGAACCCCCCCGAGCCAGAUCUCGCAAUCAGUGCCGAGACUAUCCCCGACAAAUGCGCUGGUAGCUCCAUAGGCCUCUUGGUUGAUCUUGACCUGUCUGGAACUCCACCGUUCCACGUUCAUUAUAGUAUCAAACGAGGUGGAGGUGGGGUCACUCCGAAGAUUGAGGAAAUUGACCGCCUGCAUACGCAGCUUGAGUUGAAACCUUUGCAAGCAGGUCACUAUACCUACCAAUUCAGCAGUAUCAGCGACGCCGUAUAUGGUGAUCCUAUAUCUCUAAGGCAUAAAAAUAUGAUCUUAGAACAAGAUGUCAAACCCCCUGCUGCCGCACGAAUCUUGGACGCGCAACCGAAGCGGAGAGCUUGUAUCGAAGAACCAGUGACCUUCGCUAUUCAGAUCUUGGGCGAGCCUCCAUAUAUUGUCGAUUAUGAGCUUGUCCACCGUGGUCGACGACAGAAGUAUACAGCUGCCGACAUUCAGGAUAGCAUCUACAGGCUUACUACCGAGCCUCUGAGAGAUGGCGGAGAAUAUACGCUAGCAUUGAUAAGUAUUACAGACCGAUCAGGAUGCCGGAUUUCUCUCAAAGAAGAGGCAAAGGUGGAGGUCGGCUUGCAGAGACCCAGGGCUACAUUCGGUCACUUGGAAGGCAAGCGAAGCAUUCAAGCUCUGGAGGCCAAAAAGAUCCAUCUACCUCUCAGGCUGCAAGGCGACCCACCAUGGACUGUUGCUUAUCGCAACAGAGACGACCCUAUGACACAGCCAAUAGAAAGAACGUUGCGCGACAGUAACGAUCAUAUCGAAGCCACUGCUGAGGGGACAUAUGAACUCGUUGACGUCCGGGAUGCCCACUGUCCAGGCACUGUAGACAUGUCUGGCCAUCAAUUCAGCGUAUUUUGGAUCCCCAGAUCCUCCAUUGAGGUAUCAGAGAGUCCUCUGGUCAUGUACACCAGGGGGACGCAUGUGAAAAAGGAAGUCUGCGAAGGUGAUGAAGACGUGACGGAGAUCUCCUUUACUGGUACAGCUCCCUUUAACGUGGAGUACGAGCAACGUCAUAAGCCUGACCAUGGCUUACAAUCUAUGAGCCAAAAGAAAUUCAGUGCGGGCUUGAACAUGGCCUCUCUGAGGAUGGAGACCUCUGAAGCUGGGACGUACGAAUACAAAUUCUCGAAGUUGGGAGACACCUCGUACAACCAUGAUCCUCGAAAAUUCACAACUUUAACAGUGCAGCAGAUUGUGCACCCCAGACCUUCUGCUCGUUUCACGGAAGCCGGCAGGACGUAUAAGUAUUGCCAAGAGGAGGAAGCAGGUGACGAAGUACUUCCAAUCAGCUUAAUAGGCCUACCUCCGUUUCAUCUCGAACUCGAGAUCAAACACUACGCAAAAUCAAAGCCCGAGCUCAUUAAUGUUCCCAACGUUGAGACCAAUCGUUACAAUUUGCACAUUCCACAUAGAGUACUUGCACUUGGAACCCAUUCCGUUGUCAUUCGGAAAGUUCAAGACUCUCGUGGCUGCCAGCGUACGAUGGACUUGAACGCCCCGCACGUGCAAGUCAGCGUUGCAGACAUCCCAAGCAUUUCUCCACUAGAGGACCAGGAGGAUUACUGCGUCGGCGACCGUAUCGCAUACACGUUGUCAGGCACUCCUCCCUUCAGUGUCUUCUACACAUUCCAAGAUCACGAACGAAAAGCUUCCGUCCCUUCAACAGAAUUCAGACGCAUAGCCGAAAAGCCAGGAAUCUUUGUCGUCACAGCACUUAGUGAUCAGAGGAGUACUGACGCUUGCAAAGCGAAAAUAAAGAUCACAAAGGUGAUACAUGAAAUGCCCAGCGUCAGGGUUAGCAAAGGAAGGACAGCCACGGUGGAUAUUCAUGAAGGUGGCGUUGCCGAGAUACUCUUCGAGUUCGGAGGAACGCCACCGUUCCUUUUCACCUACACGCGCAGUACGACACCGCCCAAAGGCAAGAAACCGGAAGUGCUCGAAACCAAGAAUGAAAUCUCCCACGAGUACAGCAAGACAAUUCGGGCUUCAGACGAGGGAAUGUACGAGGUGGUCUCGAUUAAAGAUAGAUAUUGUGCUUUCUCCAAGCAGAAAGUGCCAGACAAUUCGGGUCAGAGGUUAUUGACCAACAGAUGA